GGGAAAGAGGAGCGAGGAAAGAGAGGGGAGGGGGAAGGCGGGCCUUCCGGCCGCGGCUCCGCCCACUCCGGCUGGGGCUGUAACGGCGGCCGCGUCCUCCUUCGUUCGGCCCUGGCUGCACCUCUCGCUCCGCUGUGGUCUGUCCCGCGACUUGUUGUGCUGCGGCGGAAGAGCCUUCCGGAAGGCUGCGAAACUUGGUGAGCCAAGCUGGGUCUCGGUCGAGGAGCCUGCGGUCUGAGAGGGGCUGGACCGGACGGGCCACGGGCCACGCAGGGGGUACCCCUGGUCCUGAAGAGCUGGAGGGGUUACACGAGGAGUACGAGGGCGACUAACUUUACAGACUGUUCCUAAAGAUGUUUGGCUCUUCACGUGGCGGUGUGCGAGGUGGCCAAGACCAGUUCAACUGGGAAGAUGUGAAGACUGAUAAACAGCGGGAGAACUACCUGGGGAACUCCCUGAUGGCUCCUGUGGGAAGAUGGCAGAAAGGCCGUGACCUCACGUGGUACGCCAAAGGCAAGAAAGACCAUGCGGCCCUGAGCCGAGAAGAGGAGCUAGCUGCUGUGCGCCAGGCUGAGCAAGAGGCCCUCCUGGCUGCUUUAGGCUACAAGAAUGUGAGGAAGCAGCCCACAGGACUGAGCAAAGAGGACUUUGUGGAAAUCUGCAAGCGGGAAGGGACUGAUCGUGAAGAAAAGGAUGUGGACCAGCUGUCAGGCCUGGGGAGCUCUAGUGGCUCGGCUGGCCGGGUGAUGCUCUCCAAAGAAGACAAAGAAGCUGCCAAGCUGGGGUUGUCUGUGUUUACGCAUCACAAGGUGGAGAGCAGUGCCACAGCAAUGCCAUCAGCCCCACCAGAGGCCAAGCGGAAAACAGACAUGAGGCCUGAGAGCCACAAGAAAGUCAAAAAAGAGAAAAAGAAGAAGAAAAAGAAGAAACACAAGAAAGAGAAGAAGAAAGAGAAACAUUCCAAGAGGCGUUCCACCUCCUCGUCGUCCUCCCCCUCCCCAGACAGGCACAGAGCCACCCAACACCGUGCAUCACCCUCCCCUUCCUCCCGGUCCCAAGCACCCAGGAACAGGUAUAACAUGGACUCUUUGGACAGCGGCCGCUCCUCCCCCAGCCACAAGAGAAGGAACCGGAGCCCUGAGCCUCAGCCCCGGCACAAGAGACAGCGACAUGACUCAGAUGACUGAACCUGGGCCCUGGAAAGCAGAUGGUACACACAGGGACCCCUCUUUUCCCCGUCCUAGAGUCCUGUAAGCUUGUUCCCCUGGGCUGAAAGGCCAAAGCCCUCACACCUGCUUCAAAGGAGCCUGAGCUCUCCAUUGCCUCUGGAGAGACGGGGCUUCCUUGUCCAUUGAGGGGCAGGGCAGGGACACUGGGUCCUUCCCUCAGUGGGGCUGAUGCGUCUUUAUCUGUUUUAAGAGAUGCUACCUCCUACCUGCCCCUCCCCCCAGCCCUCCUCCUCCCAAUAAAGCUUCUGCCUGCGUCCCUGUUUCUCAGGGAAUUUCAAGGCCCAGGUGGAAAGAAGAGCAGAGUUCUGGGCCUUGGGUCCUUCAUCCCAGAUCUAUCCCCCACAGAUGAAUUCAGCUGAGUUCACAGGAAGGAAAGAGUUUAGCACAUUUCUUGCUUAGCAAAAAAGACGGGGAGGCAGGAAACCUGGGUUCUGAUCCUAACUUUGUCUCCCUUGAAUCAUUUGACUACAGACGUGUCACCUUGAUUCUCUAAGAUUCAUUCUCCAUCUAUUAUGAUUCUUUUUACUCCUUACCACACAGGGUUGUGGGAGUGAAGCAAGUGCCUUAUCAAUCUUUAAGGGCUGUAGAAAGGUAAGUUAAGAAGUUACUGUCUGAGCUGAGACAAGGCAGGGCCGGGAAAGCCUUGGUUUUGAGACGUUUUGGGCCUCGAUGUUACACAGUGACCUUGUGGGCUGUGAUUUUACUAACAUUUCAUGUUUUAAGGUCUUUCACCUUGGACAUCUGUGAUCCCUGAUUUCCACUGAAAGACUGAAGAAAAGGGACUGUUUUAACCAUCACUAGACCUUAUAAAUCCAAAUGAGUAUUGUUCCCUUUGUGACUGCUUCUUUCAAGAAGGCAGUCACUGCUCAGGCCUCAUUUAGGGUGCCAUGGAGUCUGGCCUUCAGCACUUGCUUAUAGCAUGUUAAUAAUGGCUUCCAUCGCCAGAA